AGCAUCGCGCGCAUCGAGCUCUGCAACCGAAAUUCUAAGAUUUCGAGUUUUGCAGUCAAUUAAACGUCGGAACCGAAACCCCCAAAUUUCACGAUGCUGGCGCCGAGUAGGGGAAAGGUGCUCGAAAGAGCCCUUUCGAAUGCCAGCGCCCCUGUUACCCUCCCGGCUUUCCUCGUACCGGCCUUUCAAACAACAGCCCCGCGGCGCCAAUUCUCAAACACAGCGACUAAACAAUCAAAGCUGGGCCGAACGCCGAUAUCGAUCCCGCCGGGCGUUGAGUUAAUCAUUGGCGAGCCUAAGGUAAAGAAGGACCCGACUACAUACCUACGGAUACCGAAGCGGACAGUCACUAUAGCCGGACCUUUAGGAAAGCUCGAACUGGAGAUCCCUCCUUACCUUACUAUCAACCAUGAUGAGGCUUUGAGGAGAGCAGUGCUCAGCAUUGAGGAUAACAAGAUCAAGCAGCAGAAGGAAAUGUGGGGAACUACCUGGGCAUAUCUUAACCGACACAUCAUCGGCGUAUCGGAAGGACACACCGCGAUUUUGCGAUUAGUAGGUGUUGGAUACAGGGCAACAGUCGAGGAACGGCCGCGAAAAGAAGAGUACCCAGGGCAGAAGUUCGUAUGCCUGAAGCUUGGUUUCACCCAUCCCGUCGAAGAGCCAGUCCCCGUCGGCAUGAAGGCUAGCACGCCGCAGCCCACAAGAAUCCUUCUCGAAGGCAUCAACAGGGAAGAAGUCAUGUCUUUCGCUGCCAGGAUACGUAGGUGGAGGAGGCCGGAACCAUACAAGGGCAAGGGUAUCUUCGUGAACGACGAGACAAUCAAGCUAAAGCAAAAGAAGAUCAAAUAGAUGAUCUUAGGAAUGGUAUCAUUCCAUUUCAGACGUAUAUCUAUGUACUAUACCACGGCAGAUACCCGAUCAAAAAAAAUGUACUUUUAUGCGUCCA